AUGAGCAAGCUGUGUGCAAAGUGCGGGAAACCUGUCUACUUUGCUGAGCGGAAAACAUCACUAGGCAAGGAAUGGCACCCAAACUGUCUCAAGUGUAUUGCUUGUGGAAAAGUUCUGUCCCCUGGGCAACACGCAGAGUAUUUGUCUUUCAUUUUCAGACGUGAGAUUUUAGAGAAGAUCAAAGAUUUUAACAAGUAUUAUGAAGGCAAAGUUCACCAUCAGAUGACAGCACAUGAGAAAGAGGAUGGAAGUGUCCAUGUUGAAGGUCCCCUCAGGAUAUACUGGGGUCUCAGCAGACCCAUCCAGCUUGUUCACUGUGACAACAUCCCACCAGCACCCAUCUCACAGUGGAGACACAGUCUGUGUGUGGGGCCUGAGUCCCCGGACAUUCCAGAAAAACGAUUUUCCACGAGCUUCAGAAGAUCUGGUUCUCCCACCAGAAAAUCCAGAGAGUUGGAUGAUAUCCUAACGCCUUCCUCCCCCGAUGAUGUUGUUAGACGGCAGAAGAAAGUGAGAAAAUUCAAAACUGUUGCGUACAGAGGAGAUCAACCAACAAAAUGGAAGCGGGCAUCUAUAAAUGGUCAUGUAUUCAACUUUGAUACGAGUGUGUUUACUCCAGUCCUAGGGAGCUGUACCAGUGUCACAGUUGAUGGCACUCUCAACUGCUCUGAUGUUAUAGAAACAUUGCUGGAUAAAUUCAAGGUUCAGAACAGCCCAGAUGAGUAUGUUCUGUCCGUGGUUACUGAGGAAGGUGAGAGACUGCUGACCCACUCAGACAAACCAUAUUGUUUUGCUUGUCCACAGGUGGAGCAGCUGCUAGUUUUACCAGAAGCUGUCCUUAGGGGAAUUCUAGCCAAGUAUUACAAUGAUGAGGAGAAGGAGGUUACACUAGUGAAAGCAAGAUAUGAAACUGCGAGAAGGAGGAUGGAGAAAAGGUUACGUGACAUGCAGUCACACCAGACUUCUUCCACUGCAUGA